AUGCCAGACAAGAGAGAAUGCCAGACAAGAGAGAAUGCCAGACCAGAGAGAAUGCCAGACAAGAGAGAAUGCCAGACAAGUGAGAAUGCCAGACAAGUGAGAAUGCCAGACAAGAGAGAAUGCCAGGCAAGAGAGAAUGCCAGACAAGAGAGAAUGCCAGACAAGAGAGAAUGCCAGGCAAGAGAGAAUGCCAGUCAAGUGAGAAUGCCAGACAAGAGAGAAUGCCAGACAAGUGAGAAUGCCAGGCAAGAGAGAAUGCCAGGCAAGAGAGAAUGCCAGACAAGAGAGAAUGCCAGGCAAGAGAGAAUGCCAGACAAGAGAGAAUGCCAGUCAAAAGAGAAUGCCAGUCAAAUGUAUGAAUAUACUAUACAUGUCAAUUUGUCAGCUAUUUAUAAAUCUCCUCUUAAUAUACAAAUUGAAGGUGGUUCUGCACCAGACAAAUCAGACGACUUAAAAUGGAACCCAUGGGGAAUGGAAUUUGAAAAAGAUCAGGAUCGAUUGCCUGCUUUACAUCAUGAAGCUCCAGAGAUUAACUGGGGAAUGAAUGAAAGAGUUCUUGGAAAAAGAAGUCCGCUAGACAGUAAGGAUAAUAUUACAGAUGAAGUUGUUGUUGAAAUUUGGGGAAAAGCUGCCAUUGACUAUCUUAGACAUUUUAAAAAGAGAAUGAAAAGGUUAACAAAGAAAGGUAGAUUAAAUUCAUUAAAAACAGAAGUUUGUGAGGGAGGAUUCAGUCUACUAGGUAAAUUAAUGAUAUUUCUGACAUUUGAUGGUCAAAAGUUAAAGGGAGGUCAAUAA